AUGACUCAAGACGGUCCCCAUGACCACCAGGACACCGCCUCCUCCGACGAGCGCAGCUUCGUGCCACCGACGACCAUGACCUUCCUGGGUCCCGCUGAGAACGACGACAACCGUGGAUCCAGGACUGGCAGCCCGGUGGGCAUGGAUGCCGGCAAGGGGAAGGACGCUGUCCCGAAUGCCAUCCAAGGUGGGGAUGGCUCGGCCAGCGGCGGCAAGGCCAACUCCGGCACAUCCGAAGGUAAGGACUUGGCCACAGGCGCAGCUGCCGCCGACGCUGCUGGAGACGGCUCCACCUCCAACAAGGGUAAGAGCCCCUUGGCUGCUGACGACAACGGCGAGCUCAAGGUGCACAUCAUCAUGGAGCGAGAGCGCCGGAGGCGGAUGAAGGAUAUGUUCAACACCCUGCAUGAGCUAAUGCCCCACGUCUCCAACAAGGUUGACAAAGCGACCCUGGUGGGCGAGACGAUCAACUUCAUCAAGACCCUGGAGGAGACCAAGGCCCAGCUGGAGAAGAAGAAGCUGGAGCAAGCGCUCGCGCGGCAGGCCACCGCUGAGGCCGCCGCCGCCGGGGCGUCCUCCUUCUCGGUGCCGUGCACUGCUCACGGGAUGGCGGCCCUGUCGGACGGCUGGGACCCCGUGCCUCCGCAGCAACCUGCUGCGCCUGCUGCAGCGCCGCUUGCCGCGGCGGCGGGGCCGGUCGGGUUCCAGACCUGGUCCACACCGAAUGUCGUGCUGAGUGUGCUGAACGACGAGGCGAUCAUCAACGUGUGCGCGCCGCGGCAGCGCGGCAUGCUGACAAUGGUUGUGUCCGUGCUGAGCAAGCAUGGGAUCGACGUGAUCUCGAUUCAGAUUGGGGCCGACGACGUCCAGAGCUUCUUCACCAUCUAUACCCGUGUGAAUGGAGCUGGUGGCGAGAACCUGUCGGCGGAAGACGUAUACAAGCUGGCGGUGUCGGAGAUCAUGGUGUGGAUCUCUAACUAG